AGGUGCUCAGCGAUGUGGCGUCAUAUGCAGCGGGGAAGCUUUGUAUAUAUAUAGGUGUGUGUAUGUGUGUGUGCUGUUCAUAUACCCACACACACUGCUUGGCCCACGCACACAGCCAUGGCUCCGCGCUCCUGCUUACUGCUGCUACUACUCUGCUUGGUCCCCGGCAGCCUCAGCUUAGAACUCCCCCCAGUCUGUGGCACAGAUCCCUGCGUGACGGACUGCCAGAACUGCGCAGAUGGCGAGAUGGUUGCAGACCCGGAGGACUGCCAUCGUUUUUAUAUAUGUGACGGCAAUGGUGGCAUCAUAACAACGCAGCCGCUGGAAUGCCCCAGUGGAAUGCACUUCGACGCGACCCAGCAUCAGUGCGUGAGCGGCAACGUCUGCAAGUACUGCGACAGGUGUUUCUUUGAGUGCUACGACUCCAUCACGGGCAUGGUGCCGGACCCCACGGACUGCAGCGUGUACUAUGAGUGCAAUGGCGACUACCCGGGGCGUGAGCAGACCUGCUCCGCCACCAGGCCUUACUUUGACGGCUUCAGGUGUCAGGAGGAGCAUAAUCGCUGCUGCAGCUGCCACGCCUACUGCGACUCCCAUCACGUCAGUACUUUCAUACCAGAUCCCACUGACUGUAGAAACUACUACUACUGUAUGGACGCUGGACAGCCGGCCUUUGGUGGAACUUGUGACACCGGGGAGUUUUAUGACGACGAUGUCGACGAGUGCUCGCCACACGCUACGUGCAACACCAAAUGCAAGAAUUUUGUGAAUGACAUUGGCUGCAUCGAGAACUUCGAGUGUGUAGCCAUCGGUUUCUUCCCUAAGUGUCCCUCCUUGUGCACCCCUGAAUACUACCACUGCACAACCACCACCACCACCUACAUCAAUUCCCAGUCCUGCCCCAAAGGAUACGAUUUCCACCCUCUGAACCACGUGUGCGUCCCUGAGGAUGAAUGCCCAUAGGUAGCGGCCCAGCGAAGCAAUGCCGCGUCGCCUUGUUGCCUUGCUGCCUUACUCAGUAAAAACAGACCUCAACACACUUAUCCUCAAAUUCUGCAUCAUCCUUUUGGCUUUCUGUUUAAGGAAGUGGCACCAUCAGUGGGCUUUGCUGUGUGGUAUUAUUAGCAUUAUUAUAAAGAUGUUAAAUCAUAUGAGUUUAUAAUGUUAUUUUUUUUUCCUUUAGUCCAACUCUCAAAAUAAUAAUAACAGUGAUGAUACAACCCCACUAAUUAUGAUAACAAUAAUAACAAUGGUAAUAUA